AUGUGUCUGUUCAUGGCGUCGAAUUUAGCCGGCUUGGCGCGGAACCUUACGACCGCACACUUUUACAAGUUUCGCGAAGUCGCAAAAGUGUUCACCCCGACGGAGAUGCCACUGGUGACGCGCAAAGCUGUUUUUCCGAAGGAGUUCUACAGUGCGUUGACCGAGACGCACGAGAGCGAUGUCGAUUACGAAUAUGCGGCCCUGGUAUGCAAUCGCUUCUACAAUGUACGCGCAAAAUCUUACGCGUAUGACAUCGAGAACGCAACCACCAUACGAGCAAAGGGGAUUAGAGGCCCCAUGAUAAGAAAUCACCUAACGUUCGACGACAACAAGCGAUGUUUGUUUGCCGUCGACGACGAUGAUGAUGACACGUAUAGAGACAACGUGUCGAUCCGAUCAUUUAAGCAUCAAGUCAAAAUAAUCAAAACAAUGAAAUUAACGUUUAACAGAUCGGAUGAUAAACGUCAAUUUGUAAUAUCAAAUAUCAAAGACAACAUUAAAACAGUAACAGGACUUAAGUCAUUGGACACUCCUAAACAA